GCCACAUGCAAUUCAUUCUGCUGGUUGUUUUUGUUUUAUUGUCAAUAUCUGACCAUUUGAGUCUUUUCGCAAAGAGCCGAUGCGUCAUUUAAUCGCGGUCUAUUGUACACGCAGUGAUGAGCUCCGGGUCUGGGAACGCGUCCCAUCGCUGUUCUAUGUCUUCAUCGGCAGAUUUCUCCGAUGAUGAAGAAUACAGCGUGAAAUCCGGCUGUCUGUCGCCGGCACCGGGGGACACGUUACCGUGGAAUUUACCCAGACAUGAGCGCUCAAAGCGGAAGAUCCAGGGAGGAUCCGUGCUGGAUCCAGCCGAGAGAGCUGUGCUCAGAAUUGCUGAUGAAAGAGACAGAGUCCAGAAAAAGACUUUUACUAAAUGGAUAAAUCAGCACCUGUUAAAGGUACGAAAGCAUGUGAAUGACUUGUAUGAGGAUUUGCGAGAUGGACAUAACCUGAUCUCCCUUCUGGAGGUGUUGUCUGGUGAGACACUGCCGCGGGAGAAGGGCCGCAUGCGCUUCCAUAGACUCCAGAAUGUACAGAUUGCACUGGACUACUUAAAAAGGCGACAGGUGAAACUAGUGAACAUCAGAAAUGAUGACAUCACGGACGGCAAUCCAAAACUGACAUUGGGUUUAAUAUGGACCAUAAUUCUGCACUUUCAAAUCUCAGACAUCCAUGUGACAGGAGAGUCCGAGGACAUGACGGCUAAAGAGAGACUUCUGCUGUGGUCCAAGCAGAUGACUGAAGGCUAUGUAGGGGUCCGCUGUGACAACUUCACUACCUCCUGGAGGGAUGGACGACUGUUCAACGCUAUUAUUCAUAAGUACAGGCCUGACCUGGUGGAUAUGAGCCUGGUAUCAACACAGAGCAGCAGAUCAAACUUAGAACAAGCGUUCUGUGUGGCCGAGCAGCUUGGUGUGGCACGAUUACUCGACCCAGAGGACGUGGACGUGUCUUCUCCGGAUGAGAAGUCAGUCAUUACUUACGUAUCAACGUUAUAUGAUGUCUUUCCCAAAGCACCAGAAGGUAUGGAGGGUGUCAAUGCAAAUGAUGUGGAUAUUAAAUGGGUGGAAUAUCAGAACAUGGUGAAGUACCUCAGCCAGUGGAUUAAACACAAUGUGACUGUGAUGUCAGACAGAAAUUUCCCCAGCAAUCCUGCGGAACUAAAGGCACUUUAUACACAGUAUCUGCAGUUUAAAGAGAAUGAAAUACCGGUGAAAGAGAAUGACAAGGCCAAAAUCAAACAUCUCUACAAAAUGCUAGAGAUGUGGAUUGAGUUUGGUCGCAUCCAGCUCCCUCAGGGUUGUCAUCCUAAUGAUGUGGAGAAGGAAUGGGGCAAACUGAUCGUGGCCAUGUUGGAGAGAGAGAAGAGCCUGAGGCCUGAGCUGGACAGACUUGAAAUGCUGCAGCAAAUUGCAAACAGAGUCCAGCGAGACUGUGUUACUGGAGAGGACAAAUUAGCCUUAGCGCGGACUGCUCUGCAGUCGGAUGCCAAACGGUUGGAAUCUGGGAUUCAGUUUCAGAAUGAAGCAGAGAUCGCUGGUUUCCUGCUGGAAUGUGAGAAUUUAUUGAGGCAGCAGGUGGUGGAUAUUCAGCUUUUACUGGAUGGCAAAUUCUACUUGGCUGAUAAGCUUGUUCAAAGGGUAUCUCAACUGCGUGAUGACCUGUUGACUUUGAGAAUGGAGUGUUCAUCUGUGUACAGUAAAGGACGAACACUGACCUCAGAACAGACCAAGAUGAUGAUAUCUGGCAUCACGCAGAGUCUGAACUCUGGCUUUUCUUCAAACUUCACCGCUGGACUGUCCCCUGCGCUCACACCCGGAGGUCUGGUUAGCAGCACCCCUGCACUGACCCCGGCCAUGACCCCCAGCAUGCAGCCCGCAUCGGUCCAGGCCUAUCUCUCCAGUAGAGGUGGAGGAGAAGUGGAGCCCGGUGUACUUCAGCAGCUCAAACACAUGCAGAUCCGCAAGCCCAUGCUCAAGUCAUCUUUCGUGGAUCCCAACUUGACUGAGGACGAGGUUAAUAUGAAGUUUGUGCAGGAUCUGCUUAACUGGGUUGAAGAAAUGCAGGUUCAGCUAGAUCAAGCAGAAUGGGGAUCUGAUCUGCACAGUGUUGAUUCAAAUUCAGAGAAUCAUAAAGAUGUGCACAAAGCCAUUGAAGAAUUCCAGAUGAGCAUUAAAGAAGCCAAACUGAGUGAGAUUCAGAUGACCCAGCCAUUGAAGCAGAGUUACUCUGAGAAGUUGAGCAAGCUAGAGAGCCAGUACACAAGGCUGCUGAAAUGCUCUAGCGAGAGGCAGAAGCAUCUGGACAGCUUGUAUGACUUUGUAUCGCGAGCUACUCAAGAGCUCAUCUGGCUUAAUGAGAAGGAGGAAGAGGAAGUGGCUUUCGACUGGAGCAAACGAAACAGUAACAUUUCCAGGAAGAGGGAUUACCAUGCUGAUCUCAUGAGAGAACUGGAUGAUAAGGAGGAGGUGAUCAAGUCUGUUCAGGAGAAGGCCGAGAUCCUCCUACUGGAGAACCAUCCUGCCAGACUCACCAUAGAGGCAUACAAAGCAGCCAUGCAAACCCAAUGGAGCUGGAUACUGCAGCUUUGUCACUGUGUGGAGCAACACAUGAAAGAGAACGCUGUUUACUUUGAUUUUUUUAAUGAUGCCAAAGAGUCGUUGGAUUACCUCAAGAAUCUCCAAGAUGCCAUCCACAGGAAGUAUAGCUGCGACCGAAGCAGCAGUUUGCAUAGGCUGGAGGAUCUAAUUCAAGAGUCCAUGGAUGAGAAAGAGCAGCUCCUGAAGUACAGCAGCACUGUUGGAGGGUUGGUGGGUAGAGCAAAGUCUGUUGUUCAGCUCAAAGCUCGCAACCCAGAGAAUCCCGUCAGAACAUCCAUAACUGUCAAAGCCAUCUGUGACUACCGCCAGAUAGAGAUCACUAUCAAUAAAGAAGAUGAGUGUGUCCUGGUGAGUAAUUCUCACAGAGCCAAGUGGAAAGUCAUCAGUCCAUCAGGAAAUGAGGCUAUGGUGCCUUCAGUCUGUUUCAGUGUGCCACCACCCAAUAAAGAGGCAAUUGAAAUGGCAAGCAGGAUUGAGCAGCUGUAUCAGAAUGUUCUGACUUUGUGGCAUCACUCCCACAUCAACAUGAAGAGCGUGGUGUCCUGGCAUUAUCUGAUGACUGACAUCCGUGCCAUCCGCAAAAGCACUGUUGCCUCUAUCAAGACCCUGCUCCCAGGUGAUCACCAGCAAGUGCUGAGCAGCUUGCAGUGCCACUUUGAGGACUUCUUAAAGGACAGCGAUGACUCGGAGGUGUUUACAGUUGCCGACUGCACUCAGCUGGAAAAAGAGGUUCUGGCGUGUAGGGAGUACUAUGAGGAGCUCCUCAAAUCUGCAGAAAGAGAAGAACAUGAGGAGUCUGUGUAUAACCUCUUCAUCUCUGAGGUACGUAACUUCCGCAUGCGUGUGGAAGCUAAUGAGGAACAACUUAUCCGGAAAAUCAGAACUCCACUAGAUAGAGAUGACCUGCAGGUGUGUGUGCUGCGCAUCACUGAACAGGAGAAGAAAAAGGUAGAGUUGGAUAGGUUGAAGGAAGAUCUGGAGACCCUUAGGGAGAAGUGUGAAGUGUUCCUCAGACAAGCAGAAGCAUCUCCAUCUGUCCCCACUUUGUCUUCUGAGCUCAAUGUCCUCACCCAGAGCAUGAACCAGGUCUACUCCAUGUGCUGCAUCUACCUGGAGAAACUAAAGACAGUGAGUUUGGUGGUGAAACACAGUCAGAACGCUGAAGCUCUGGUCAAACUUUAUGAAGCCAAGUUGUGUGAGGAGGAUACAAUCAAUGCUAACAUCAAAUGUAUUGAUGAUGUUAUGAGCACUCUUAAGCAAUGGAGAUCUGAAAUCGAUGAAAGACGCGAGGUAUUUCAUGAUUUGGAGGAUGAGCUGCAGAAGGCGCGAGUGGUCAGUGAGCGCAUGUUCAAAACACACAACGAGCGAGACUUUGAUUUAGACUGGCACAAAGAGAAGGCUGACCAGCUCAAAGAGAGGUGGCAGAACAUUCACUCUCAAAUCGAAAACAGGCUUAGAGAUUUGGAAGGCAUCAGUAAAUCUCUGAAGUACUACAAAGACACAUACAACAGCCUGGAUGAAUGGAGCAAAGAAAUGGAGGCCAAGCAGCUCAAGGCACAAGAGAAUCAACCUGAGGACAGCAAGGCUUUGGCCGAGUUCCUGAACCAGCAGAAAGUUCUAGUUGCAGAAAUUGAACAAAAACAAAGUAAAAUUGAGGAGUGCCAGAAGUAUUCAGAGCAGUAUGCAGUGGGAGUGAAAGACUAUGAGUUGCAACUGAUGACCUACAGAGCCAUGGUUGACUCCCAGCAUAAGUCUCCUGUGAAGAGGAGGAAGAUGCAUAGUUCCUCUGAUGUCAUCCAGCAAGAGUUUAUGGACCUUCGUACACGUUACACAGCCCUGGUCACUCUCAUGACGCAGUAUGUGAAGUUUGCAGGUGAAACCCUGAAGAGGGCGGAAGAGGAUGAGAGGUCUGUUGAGGAUGAGAAGAAAGAGCAUGGCGAUAAGGUUAACAAGUUAUUGAACUGGAUGUCCAGUAAGAAUACAAACCUGAACAAAGAUGGAAAGUCUCCGAGUGAUUGUAAACCCAGCACUGAGAGCUCUAGUAAGCCCCAGAUGUCAAUGGAAGAGAUGGUGACAAAAAAGGAACAAAUUGCAGAGGCAUUGAGAACAACUCAACUGAUGCUAACCAAACACAGUGACAAAAUGACUGAGGAAGAAAAGCAAGAAACAAAAGAACAGCUCAAAUCUCUUCAUCAGGCCUACAGCGAGAUCUCUCAGCAGUGUGCAGAGGCAGCUUCUUCUGAUGAUCAGGCUGCUGUGGAUAAGCAGAGAGAGUUCUCAGAGAAGCUUCAGGAGCUAUUUGAUGAUCUAACACAGACAGAGAACCGGCUCAUUGGCCACCAGCAGCAGGCAGUCAGUGCAAAUACUGUAGGAGAUGUCCAGCAGUACCAACAAGAGCAUCAGGCUUUACAGAAAGACCUGCAGGCUAAUGCCAGUGCUCUAAAUGAAGUCAUCAGCAGCACAAAGAAGUUUCUGGAGGAGAACCGCAGUAAACUCACUCCAGAGCAGAUAUUAGCUCUUGAGAACAAACUGGAGGAACUGAAGAGCAAGGCAAAUACACUUAACCAGAGGGCAGAAGAGUCCAGAAAAGAUCUCGAAAAGGUGUUAACAAGUGCUAUUAAGCAAGAGACUGAGAAGGUUGCAGCUGUUGAGCAACUUGAAGAGAGCAAAAACAAGAUCGAGGGUCUUCUGGACUGGAUCUCCAACAUUGGCAAAGAAAAAGAGAUGGGUGGAAUACAGAAGGAUCAGAUGAUAAAACAGAAUGGGAACCUGCUGGAGAACACAUCUAUGAAGAAAAUCAUUGGAGAGGCAGAUGAUCCAAAUGGAAAUGCAUUGGACUCUACAGAUAACACACCUCUACACACUGCUGAAGAGCAAGACAGUAAAUCCCUGGAUCUUGACAAGCAGUAUGACAGGGUUCAAGCCCACCACCGGGAAAUUUUGUCCCAGCAGCAGGACCUGAUCAUUGCCACACAGUCAGCACAAGCUUUACUCGACAAACAGGCUCAAGUCCUGUCACCCGCUGAGAAAGAGAAACUACAGAGAAACAUUAAAGAGCUGAAGGGCCGCUACGAGGCGUCGCUCACCCAGGCUGAGCAGCAGAUGAAGCAGCUCCACAGCGUUCAGGAGGAGCUCCAGAAGUUCCAGGGUGAUUGUGAGGAGUUUGAGACGUGGCUCCAGCAGGCUCAGGGGCAGAUGGACAAGCUAGGGAUGCCUGCUGCGGGUCUGGAUACUUUGAAUAGUAAUCUACAGAGACAGAAGAGCUUCUCUGAGGAUGUCAUCUCUCAUAAAGGAGACCUGCGCUUCAUCACCAUCUCAGGGCAGAAGGUGUUGGACGCAGCGAAGGUCUGUAUGCGUGCUGAAUCUGGAGGAACGGACAGCCUGCCAGCAGUGGACAUGACUGGGACCUGUGCUGCAGUGAAAGACAAGCUGGACUCUGCUGCUGCUCGCUACAAAGCUUUGCACACACAGUGCAAUCAGCUAGGAAGCAACCUCAGAGAUGUGGUGGACAAGUACAGGAAGUAUGAAGAUGCCAGUGGAGCUCUGGUGAAGUGGCUCAAUGAUUCUGAAGAAGAGUCUAGAAGACAGCAGUCUGAACCCAUCGCUGGAGAUCCACAGACAUUACAGAGACAGCUGGAGGAGACCAAGAGUCUUCAGGGUCAGACAACAGACCGACAGGCUGCUGUGGAUACACUGAAAAAAACAGCUGACGCUCUGAUCACUGCAGAGGGUGACCUGCUGGCCAGUACAGAAGAGAUUCAAGAGACUGUGGAUGACAUCACAGAGAGAUAUGAGAACUUGUCUCGAUCAGUGAGUGAUCGCAACGAGAAGCUGCAGGUGACACUGACUCGCUCUCUGAGCGUGCAGGACGGGCUGGAUGAGAUGAUGAGCUGGAUUCAGUCGGUGGAGGAGAGAUUGAAAGAGACAACACACUUGCCACUUGACACAAACUGCAUCACACAUGCACUCAGCAAAGAGGCAGCUCUGGAGCAGGACAUGUCCAGCAGGCAGAGCAGCAUCGCCGCCAUGAAGACAAAGGUUGGGAAGUUUGUGGAGAGUGCUGAUGCAGCGGCCGCUGCUCUGCUGCAGGGUAAGAUGGAGAGUCUUUCUCAGCGCUUCACUGACGCCUCUGAACAGCACAAGAAGAAGGUCUCUCAGAUGGAGGAGCUCAGAGAGAAGGUGGAGCAGUUUGAAAAGACAUCUGAAAAGGUUCAUCAGUUUGUGGUGAAGAGCUCACAGGCUUUAUCAGAGACAGAUGGACCAGGAAAGAACGUAAUUGAGCUCUCGCAGCUCAUCCAGGACACUAAUGCUGAGUUAGCCGAGCAUGCAAAGGAUGUUGAAACCCUACAGAAACUGUCAGAAGAACUCAGCAAGCUGGAUCCUGAAGGAAGCAAAGCUCUUAUUCAGAGCAAGAUGAAGAACAUCUCUAACAACUUCAAUGCUUUGAAAGAUACAGUUCAAGAGAAAAAGCAGGAGGUUUCGUCCUGCCAAAGUUCACUGGAGGAGUUUAAAGCAACAACAGGGGUGUUCAUUAAAUGGCUGAAGGAGACAAAAGAGCAAGUGCCAGCGCCUGAGCACAACUGCAGUGAACAGGGCCUGAGAAAAGACCUGCACACAGUCAAUGGCUUGUUAGAUGAAUGGACAUCCAAAGCUCCAGCAGUUCAGGAUAUCAAUAGCAGAGGCUCUGCUUUAUGUAGCCUAAUCAGUGUUUUGACAUCACCGGCCAAAGCCAAGAUACAUCACAGCGCAGGAUCAGCUAUCAGUAAUGGUUCUGGUCCAGGAAGCCAUACCUAUCUGACAAACCAAGAGUUAAUGCAGGUACAGCAGAACAUGUGCUCCAUUAACACCAGUUAUGAGAACCUUGGGGAGCUCCUGAAGACCAGAUCCUCAGAGCUCAAUGCUCUAUUGAAGAAAGUUCAAGAGGUCCAUGAGCAGGCUGAUUCUUUGCUACAGUGGAUUGAGGACUCAAAGAAGACAGCAACAUCUUGGAAUAGCCAUCCGUCUGGGAAAGACUCAGUUAAAACACAGAUAGAGCAGCAAAAGGUCUUUGAAGACAACAUGAAACAAAAGCAGAAGCAGCUCCAGCAGGUGAAAGAGAACUUGCUCCACCUUAUUGAGGAACACCCUGAUUCACCCGAGGCAGAAAAGUGGAAGCACAUGCUGGCACAGAUAGUUUCAGGAAUGGAGGAGGUCAGGGGCACAGUGGAGAUCAGGAAACAGCACCUGGAGGAGUCAUCGCGUAUGAUGGAGCUCUUCAAGACGACACAGCCUCAGCUCUCGCAGUGGCUGCAGGAGAAAGAGUUGAUGAUGAGCGUUCUAGGACCCCUGUCUGUAGACCCCAACAUGCUUAACACACAGAAGCAGCAAGUCCAGAUUCUCCUGAAGGAGUUUGACAGCCGCAAGCCUCAGUAUGAGAAGUUAAAAGAGGCUGCCACGGUAAUCACCAAUGCAUCAGAGAAGCAGGAUUCUACAGUAGAAAAAGUUAAAGAACAGCUGGUAUCCAUUUCCCAGAAGUGGCAGUCCCUUACAGGCCAGCUGUCCCAGAGACAUGCCCUCAUUGAGCAGGCCGUCAGUAAGACAACUCAAUUCCAGAAGCUUCUGCACAGCCUCAGUGAAAGUGCCAAUCGCCUGGAGAAUGAGCUGAAUGAACAGCAGCCCCUCAGCACCCAGCCUGAUGAAGUCAGGAAGCAGCUCGAAGCCACCAAUGCAUUCCUGGCUCAGCUACGAGAGCAGAAGAAAAGGCUGCAGGAAGCCGAAACCGUCUGCUCAGAGCUUUCCGCCAUGAUGACUGAGGAGUAUCUCAGGGCAGACUUGACAAAACAGCUGGAGGGUGUCUCUAAACCAUUUAGACAACUUGAGGACAAAGCAGAAAAGCGCAUUGAGCAGCUCAACUCAGCCUUUGCCAGCUCACAGCAGUUCCAUCAGACAUCUAAAGACUUCCAAACCUGGCUGAAUCAAACACUUCAGGAACAGUGUAAGCCCCAGUCCAUCUUUGCUAACAUGGAUAUGUUACGACAGAGACUGAUGGAGAACACUGUUGUUCAGAAGUCCAUUAGUGACCAUGUGGAACCUUAUAACACAAUCAUAAAGGAGGGAGAAGCACUCCUCCAGAGCACAGAAGGAGCAGAAAAGGUGGCCCUUCAGGGACAACUUUCUGCUCUAAGGUCCAACUGGGAUGAUGUGAAGAAGAGCAAUGCUGAGCAAGCAGAAAAGCUUCAAAGUACUUUGCAGAAGGCAUUGAAGUACAAGGAACAUUCUGAGAAACUGAUCUCAUGGUUGCAGGAAUUUGAAGACCGAGGGAAGAAUGUGAAGCUCAGUGUGAACUCGGUGGAGAUUGAGAGCUCCCUCUCGCAGUUGAAGGCCAUACAGAAGGACGUUGACAAGCAUCGAGGGCAGGUCGUGAUGAUGAACGCAGCUGCAGAUAGCCUUCUUGAGGUAGUCACAUCUGAUGGUGAUACGGUUAGGGAGGAGAAGGCAGCCAUUGGUAAAAGAGUGGAUAAGCUGACUGAGGAUUUACAAGUCAAGAAAGAAUCAUUAGAAGGUAUCUCACAGAAGCUGAAAGAGUACAUCGACUUGCAAAAGGAAGCUAAAAGCCAACUGGAGAGUGCCAAGAAACAGCUUGAAUCUCAUUCUGCCUUGGGUGUCCAGGCUUACAGCAACAAGAACUUGACCAACAUGAAAGCUCAGCAGAACAGCUUAGAGAGUGUCCACAACCAGAUUGAGCAUCUGAAAAAUAUUGCAAAGAGUCUUGUGGUAAAUGUCCCUGAGGUUGAUGGUGUAACAGACCUUCUUCUCCAGGCAGACAGCUUAGAGAAAGAUCACACCGCUGUUACCAAAGAGGUAGAGGAUGCUUGCUCCACCUUGGAAAACAAACUCCAGGGCAUAGGUCAAUUCCAGAAAUGCAUUCGUGAAAUGUUUACAAACUUUUCAGACCUAGAUGAUGAGUUGGAUGGCAUGGCCCCAGUAGGCAGAGACUUCGACACCCUACGGGAUCAGCACAGCACAAUCAAAGACUUUGUAACAAAGCUUCAGGAUCUGAUGACCAACACAGCCAAUUCCAGAGAAAGUUGUAAGAAGAUGCUGGAGUCAGAGGCCUCACCAGACCUACUGGGUCUCAAGAGAGACUUGGAAACCCUGAGCAAGCAGUGUGGGAAGCUGAUGGACCGAGCCACCUUAAGAAGAGAACAGGUUGAGAACACACUUAGUCAUCUGGAAGAGUUCUAUAGCAAGGUGCAUGAGUUAACACACAAACUGAGCGGGGCCGAAAAGCAAGAGGAGUCCCAGGGGUCUGUUGGAUCGGAAACAGAGGUCAUUAACCAACAACUGGAGUCUUUUAAGGUUUUCCAGAAGGAAGUCAUUGAGUCACUGCAGAGCCAGUUGCAACAGCUGAACUCUCUUGGUCAGGGGUUGAUCCUGAACGCCGCCAAAGGCACUUGCACCAAGAACCUCGAGCAGGACCUGGAGGAGGUCAACACCAAAUGGAACACCCUCAACAAAAAAGUUGCGGAGCGAUCGGCACAGCUCCAUGAAGCCCUGCUGCACUGUGGCAGAUUCCAGGAUGCACUGGAGUCUCUUCUCAGCUGGCUCACAGACACUGAGGAGCUGGUGGCCAAUCAGAAGCCUUCAUCAGCAGAGUUCAAAGUGGUCAAAGCACAGAUACAAGAACAAAAGCUGCUGCAGAGGCUGCUGGAUGAGCGCAGAGCCACAGUGGAGCUGAUUAGCACAGAGGGCCUAAAGGUGACAGAGUUAGCUGACACUGUCGACAAGGAGAAGAUUGCAAGAGAGCUUGAAUGCUUGGGGCAGAGGUGGGAUGCCCUACUCAAGAAAGCUGAGAACAGACACAAGCUGUUGGAAAGUAUUUUGGUGGUGGCGCAGCAGUUCCACGAGACCCUUGAGCCUUUAACUGAGUGGCUGACUGCUACUGAAAAACGACUGGCCAACUCAGAGCCCAUUGGCACCCAGACAUCCAAGUUAGAGGAGCAGAUUUUACAGCAGAAGGCCUUAGAGGAGGAGGUAAUGGGCCGCAGUAAGAUCUUGUAUCAGGCCAUGAGUCUGGGUCAGUCUCUACGGGCCGUCGGCUGUGUGGAUGACAAGGAGCUGGUGCAGGCAAAGCUGGACAACACACAAAGAAGCUAUAUAGAGCUGCAGGAGCGUUGCCACAGGAAAGGCGAGCUGCUGCAGCAGGCGCUGAUUAAUGCGCAGCUCUUUGGCGAGGAUGAGGUGGCGCUCAUGACGUGGCUCAAUGAAGUCCACGGCAAACUGAGCGAAGUCUCUGUACAAGACUACACGACGGCUGUGCUGGCAAAACAGCAUGCUGAGCAGCUGGCUCUUCAUGAAGACAUUGAAUUGAGGAAACAGAAUGUUGACCAGGCCAUCCAAAACGGGUUAGAACUACUGAAACAGACCACAGGCGAUGAGGUUGUUGUCAUCCAAGGCAAACUAGAUGGAAUAAAGACCAGGUAUUCAGAGAUCAACACAAUGAGCAGCAGUGUUUCAAAGACUCUGGACAAAGCUCUGUCUCUCGCCACCAAGCUGCAAAACACCCAUGAGGAACUGAACUGCUGGCUGGAGAAGGUGGAGUCUGAACUGGCCACGUUUGAAGCUCAAGAGCCAUUCGGAGAGCAGCUGACUCACUUGCAAGAGAGGCAAAAAGCACUAAUGCAGGAGGUUAAGGAUCAGAAGCCACUGCUGGACUCUCUGAAUGAAGUCAGCAGCGCUCUGCUGGAGCUCGUUCCAUGGCGAGCUCGAGAAGGGCUGGACAGAAUGAUCACCGAUGACAACGAGCGCUACAGAUCAGCCAGUGAUGCUGUUAGCCAGCAUGUGGACCAGACUGGAGCUGCCAUCUUAAAAUCACAGCAGUUCGAAGAGGCAGCUGCUGCUGAGCUGGCGUGGCUGACUGAGGCAGAGAGGAAGUUGUCACCUCUUGGUGACGUUAAGCUCGAGCCGGAGCAGACCUCAGCUCAGCUUCAGGCUCAGAAGAGUUUCUCAAUGGACAUUAUGAGGCAUAAAGACGCUGUGGAUGGCAUUGUAAAGACUGGCGAGGCCAUUAUGAGCAGCAAAGAUGAGGUCGAGAAGCAGACACUAAAGGUGAAGCUCCAGGCCGUGUUGGACAAGUAUAACGUGGUGAGUCAGCUGAACUCUGAGCGCUGUCUGCAGCUGGAGAGAGCUCAUUCUCUGGCCUGUCAGUUCUGGGAGACGUAUGAUGAGCUCUGGCCGUGGCUGCAGGAGACCAGUGCUGCCUUCACUUUACUGGCCCAACCUGCUAUUGAAUAUGAAGCCCUCAGACAACAGCAGGAGGAACUGAGGCAAAUGAGGGAGCUGAUAGCAGAGCACAAGCCACACAUUGAUAAGAUGAGUAAAACUGGCCCUCAGCUGGUGGAGUUGAGUCCGGCGGAGGGGGAGCCCAUCAGAAACAAAUAUCAAGCUGCAGAUAAACUGUACAGCUUGCUGAAAGCUGAUGUUAAACAUAGAGCUGCUGUUCUGGAUGAGGCCAUCUCCAAAUCCACUCAGUUCCAUGAUAAGAUCGAUCCCAUGCUGGAGUCUCUGGAGCGCAUCGCUGAACGCCUACGUCAGCCGCCAUCCAUCUCUGCGGAGGUGGAGAAGAUCCGGGAGCAGAUAUCUGAGAACAAAGCUGUGACUGUAGACCUGGAGAAACUUCAGCCCUCGUAUGAAACCCUCAAGCAGAGAGGAGAGGAGAUGAUCGCUCGCUCAGAAGGAGCAGAUAAGGACCUCUCGGCCAAAGCUGUUCAAGACAAGCUGGACCAGAUGGUGUUUUUAUGGAAUGACAUCCAGGCUCUUCUGGAAGAAAGAGAGGCGAAGUUCCUGGACGUUAUGGACUUGGCCGAGAAGUUCUGGUGUGACCACUGUGCUCUGAUCGUCACCAUUAAGGACACACAUGACCUGUUGAGAGAGCUGGAGGAGCCUGGAGUUGAUCCUUCAGUGGUCAAACAACAGCAGGAGUGUGUGGAGAGCUUUAGAGAGGAGAUUGAUGGGCUUCAAGAGGAACUGAAUGUGGUCCAGAAUCUGGGGGCUGAACUCAUGACAGCAUGUGGAGAACCUGACAAACCAGUGAUUAAGAAAAGUAUAGAUGAGGUGAACUCAGCUUGGGAGACCCUGAAUAAGACAUGGAAGGAGAGAGUAGAGACUCUAGAGGAAGCCAUGCAGGCUGCAGUACAGUUCCAGGACAGUCUUCAGAACAUGUUUGACUCGGUGGAUAUUUUGGAAGGCAAACUGGACUCGAUGUCGCCUGUGGGCACAGACCUGGAAACAGUGAAACAACAGAUCAUGGAACUGAAGGAGUUCAAAGGUGAGGCGUACCAGCUGCAGAUCGAGAUGGAGAGGUUGAAUCAUCAGACCGGACUCCUGCUGAAGAAGGUGUUAGAGGAAACUGACCGCAGUCCCAUCCUGGAGCCAAUAAAUGAGCUGAAGAUGCUCUGGGAGAACCUUGAUAAAAAGAUUAUUAACAGACAGCACAAACUGGAGGGUGCGCUGUUGGCUCUUGGGCAAUUCCAGCACGCUUUAGAUGAACUUCUGGCCUGGCUUACUCACACUGAAGAGCUGCUGAGUGAACAGAGGAAGGCCUGUGGAGACCCAAAAGCCAUUGAGAUCGAGCUCGCAAAACACCAUGUGUUGCAGAAUGAUGUUCUGGCCCAUGAGAGCACGGUAGAGGCGGUGAAUAAAGCCGGCAGUGACCUGAUUGACUCCAGUGCUGGAGAGGAGGCCAGCAGUCUGCAGAACAAGCUGGAGAACCUCAAUCAACGGUGGAGAACCAUCCUGGAGAAGACUGAACAGAGGAGGCAGCUGCUGGACAGUGCCCUGUUGCAGGCUCAAGGUUUCCAUGGUGAGAUUGAAGACAUGCAGCAGUGGCUGAAAGAAACGGAGCGUCAGCUGUUAGCAUCAAAAGCCCUGGGUGGCUUACCAGACACUGCCCGCGAACAGCUUAACACCCAUCUGGAGCUUUGCAGUACAUUAGAAGCCAAAGAGGAGAUUUACAAGCAACUUCUUCACCGAGGCCAACAGAUUUUGGUCAUUACUCCUGAAGGUCAAGACAGCACCACUGAACUGGACCUGCAUAACCUGCAGGACAAAUGGGAGUGUGUGCAGGCCAAAGUGGCAGAAAGGAAGGUGAAACUGGAGGAGGCUCUGGCGAUGGCCACAGACUUCCAUAACUCACUGCAAGACUUCAUUAACUGGCUGACUCAAGCCGAGCAGACCCUCACUAUGGUGUCUCCUGCCUCUCUCAUCCUGGAGACCAUCAUGUUCCAGAUAGAUGAGCAUAAGGUGUUUGUGACGGAGGUUAAUUCACACCGGGAUCAGAUCAUGGAUCUGGAUAAGACAGGAACACACCUGAAAUACUUCAGUCAGAAGCAGGACGUGGUGUUGAUCAAGAACCUGCUGUUGAGUGUUCAGGGACGCUGGGAGAAGGUCGUGCAGAGGUCAUUGGAGAGAGGACGCUUGCUCGACGAUGCCAGGAAACGUGCCAAACAGUUCCACGAGACCUGGAACAAGCUGAUGGAGUGGCUGGAAGGGUCAGAGAGAGCUUUGGACUCAGAGCUGGAGAUCGCCAAUGAUCCUGACAAGAUAAAAAUGCAGUUAGUCCAACACAAGGAAUUUCAGAAAGCUCUGGGCAGCAAGCAUUCAGUGUAUGACACCACCAGUCGUACGGGCCGAGCUUUAAAGGACAAGACCUCCUUGCAAGAUGACAACCUAAAACUGGACGACAUGCUCAGUGAACUGAGGGACAAAUGGGACACAGUCUGUGGCAAAUCUGUGGAGAGGCAGAAUAAGUUGGAGGAGGCUUUGCUGUUCUCAGGUCAGUUCACAGAUGCUCUGCAAGCUCUGAUUGACUGGCUGUAUAAAGUGGAACCACAGUUAGCUGAAGAUCAGCCUGUUCAUGGAGACAUUGACCUCGUCCUCAACCUCAUCGACAGCCAUAAGGUUUUUCAGAAAGAGCUGGGCAAGAGGACAGGCAGCGUGCAGGCUCUGAAACGCUCGGCCCGUGAGUUGAUCGAGAACAGCCAUGACGACUCAUCCUGGGUGAAAGUUCAGAUGCAGGAGCUGAGCAUGCGCUGGGAGACUGUGUGUAGCCUCUCCGUGUCCAAGCAGACACGACUAGAGCAGUCACUCUGUCAGGCUGAGGAGUUCCACUCCACCGUUCAUAUUUUACUGGAGUGGCUUGCAGAGGCAGAACAGAGUCUUCGGUUCCACGGCGCUCUGCCUGAUGAUGAAGAAGCUCUCCGCACUCUCAUUGAACAGCACGAGGAGUUUAUGAAGAAGCUGGAGGAGAAGAGGCUGGCCCUGAAUAAAGCUACUUGCAUGGGAGAGGCCAUCCUGUCCAUCUGCCACCCGGACUCCAUCACCACCAUCAAACACUGGAACACCAUCAUUAAAGCACGCUUUGAAGAGGUAACUGCCUGGGCUCGUCAGCACCAGCAGAGACUCUCCAAUGCUCUGGCUGAACUGCUGGCCACUCAGGAACUUUUGGAGAAUUUAUUGAACUGGCUCCAGUGGGCUGAGACCACCCUUGGCGAAAAAGACAAGGAGCCUCUCCCUCAAGAGUUGGAGGAGGUCAAAGCGCUCAUUGCUAAGCACCAGACUUUCAUGGAAGAGAUGACCAGAAAACAACCAGAUGUGGACAAGAUCACCAAAACUCAUAAGCGGAAAGCUACAGCAUAUCCCCCGGUUCAGUCUCAUAUACCUGUUCUGGAGAAAGGACGAACUGCAAGAAAGAGAUCCCCAACACAGUCUAUGUACACAGCAGCGUCUCAAGCACCAAUCGAGACUAAGAACCCCAGAGUCAACCUGCUGGUUAGUAAGUGGCAGCAGGUGUGGCUGCUGGCCCUGGACAGGCGGAGAAAACUCAACGAUGCUCUGGACAGACUAGAGGAGCUCAAAGAGUUUGCCAACUUUGACUUUGACGUGUGGAGGAAACGCUAUAUGCGCUGGAUGAACCACAAGAAGUCCCGUGUCAUGGAUUUCUUCCGGCGCAUUGAUAAAGACCAAGAUGGCAAAGUCACAAGGCAGGAGUUCAUCGAUGGCAUCCUGUCCUCAAAGUUCCCCACCAGUCGUUUGGAGAUGAGUGCAGUGGCAGACAUCUUUGAUAGGGAUGGUGACGGUUAUAUUGACUACUAUGAGUUUGUUGCUGCUCUGCAUCCCAACAAGGACGCCUACAAACCAUUAACUGAUGCUGACAAAAUUGAAGAUGAGGUGACUCGCCAAGUUGCAAAGUGCAAGUGUCCCAAACGGUUCCAAGUAGAGCAAAUUGGUGCCAACAAAUAUCGGUUCUACCUUGGAAACCAGUUUGGAGAUUCUCAGCAGCUGCGUCUGGUGCGGAUCCUGCGCAGUACGGUGAUGGUGCGGGUAGGGGGUGGUUGGAUGGCCCUCGAUGAGUUCCUGGUGAAGAAUGACCCAUGCAGAGUUCAUCACCACGGGAGUAAAAUGUUGCGCUCGGAAUCAAACUCGUCUAUUACUCAGUCUCCUAUAGGUUGGCAACUCUCACACUUUCUCUCCUUGCUUCAUCCCAGUGCUAAAGGCAGAACCAAUGUGGAGUUGCGAGAGAAGUUCAUCCUCCCAGAAGGCACCACACAGGUGAUGGCUAGCUUCCGCUACAGAGGUCGAAGGUCACGGCCUUCCUCAAGAGGCGCCUCACCAAACAGAUCCAAUUCCAGCCACAGCUGCCAACCCAACCCAUAUGGAGCCAACACACCCAAGACUCCCCAACAAUUAACUCGCAAUUAUGAUAAACCCUGGCUGACAAACAGCAAAUCCGCUACGCCUCUUAAAUCAUCUGACUCCUUUGACAGCCAGUCGUCCAAUGAGAGCACCCCCAUUCAGGGCAGCAAGCUUCGUCUUCCAGGAUAUUUAUCCGGAAAGGGUUUUCAGUCGGGAGAGGAUGGCACCUUGAUCAAUGCUGCAGUCAUGAAGGCUAAAGGUCAAGCCAUAGGAUCUAGUAAGAUCCCAAGCAGACCUGGCAGCAAAGCCGGAAGCAGAGGGAGUAGUCGCCGCGGCAGCGACGCCUCAGACUUUGACAUUUCCGACAUCCAGUCAGUCUGUUCAGACGCGUCAGAGACAGUGACAGACUCGGGACGGCCGACGCCCCGCUCCGCCUCACGCCAACACAGGGGAAAACCCUCAAAAAUCCCAACUCCCCAAAGGAGGAACACCCCUACUGGCAAACUGUCCAAGACCACCAAGAGAUAGUCAACAGUUCGGUCAAAAAAUAAUAAAACAGCCACAUUCUGGGCCAUAAUUGACCAAGAGUGGACAGUCGUAGAGUCAUACUAAAGACUGCAAAGUGUUAUAAAAAAGCGUAGCAAGAUGUAAAUUAUUCUGUUGUGAACUUGAAGAGAAAGUUCAUGUGGAGUGUGUGUAUUGAAUGCAAUGUAUUUGUCCUGUACUUUAUGUGAAUAAUGUUGCGUUGUUAUUGUUUUGUUUUAUCGCUGGUUAGCGAACAGCAAAAACAGACUGUAUGUUGUUAGGUAAACUAACACUUUUCCAUAUGUUUGUGUCGAGGGAGAAGCUGAAUGUACAGUCAUUUCCUCAAGCAGACAUGCUUGUUGGUGAUAAUAUCUCUCUGUGAUCUGCCAGGACACCACAAUUAUUUAUUAAUCUAUUUAAAGUGCAAUGACGAGCUGCUGUUAUGCAUUUAAAGGGUAAUACAAUACUUCCAACUGUAAUCACUGCUAGCGUACAACACUACAGUUAACCAUGUUUAUGAGCUUUUAACUUACAAGUUGUAGCUUCCACAGGUUAAAUGGAUAUGUUCGGAAUAGCAUACUUCCAUACUACCCUUAAUAUUGCUGCAGAGCACAGUACACACAUUUUAUGUAUGCAUGAAAUACCUAGAUUACGGGUCUGUUCCAAAACCUAGUGAGCUGCCUCCGGAGGCAGCACUUUAAGAUAUCAUAAGUGCCCUCCCGACAGAAAAGCUAUUUCAAAAUCGUAAUUAUGCUGCCUUAUAUGAUAUCUUGUUUUGGCCAAAUUCAAAGGUAUCAUCGUACGUAUCCUUCCCUGGGUAGGCAAUCCCAUAAUGAACCGUGAUGAGCUCAGUAGAAAAAUUCAUCUAAGAUGGCGGACGAAGUGGGAAAAAAUGUCAUUAUAAUAUACUUAUAAUUAAUUUAAACGUUUAAUUAAAACGUUUCGAUAAAAAUGUGUUUAAUAUGAUAGAAAACUAACUAUUUUACCCAAAAUGUGUGCUAUUCGUAUUUAUGCUCAUUAGAGUAUCACGUCGUUCCUCUGGCGUCACCUGUAUGGAAAUUAUUUGCGAGUCGAGUCUUGAAUGACGCGUUGAGCUGCCCCCUUUGUAGAGUGUUUCAAAUCGUUUUUUUUUUAUGAGGCUCCAUUUCAGUAAGGAUGCUGCCAUUGAAGACAGCUGCCUAUGUAGGCAGGAGACAGCGAAGCAGCUUACUAAGUUUUGGAAAAGAACCAACAUACUACAUCUGCCGAAAAUGACUCCUUAUUUAACAAUAAUGCAAAAUAUUAAGACAUUUUUACACAAAAUUGGAUUAAAAAUGGCAAUAGGCAUUUUUAGUUCCAAGAUGAUAACUGGAUUCCACUCAAAUGCAACAUGACAAAGGUCAUGUGACAACACUGUAGCAUACUGCUGUUUCACGUACUCUUUAAAAAAGAAAAAAAAAAAAAGAAAAGAAUAUAUACUGCACAGUAUUUACUUAGUAAGCUAGUAUUCCAUUCUGAGCAUAGACAAUGUUUCUUUUAAUCAAAUCACAGAUUGCGUGCCACCUAACUGUGACUAGAACUUUCCAAGUGCAAUCAUGCCUGUGUACUCUAUGGUUAACUGUUAUUUGCCUGAAUGAUGCAGAUUACUCACAACUUUUUGUAAUAAAUCUGCUUGCAGAAAGCUCUGCCGACACAA